AUGAAUGCCAGGUCAGAUAUAGCAUCAGCAGACAUGGAUCCGCAAGAUGAUCCAAACCUGCUCGCGUCCAUUCCGGUCUAUAUCGCACGCUCGAUUCCGCAUGGCACUUCUUUACAAGUCUUCCAAUAUCCCAAUUAUCCUGCAGGCCGCCCACUACCCAUUCCCACAUCUGCACAGGAACGCGGUCUCAAAGAGUCGGCGCGCUGGCGUUCGCAGGCAAAUUGGGUCGAAGUCGACUUGCCCAUCGACAUGCGCGCACAAGUGUACAACCACGAGACUGGCAAGGAGCUGGGACAGAAUCUCGAAAAUGAAGGCAAGACCAAGAAGGUCAAGAGGGAAGACGACGAAACAUCAGAAAGGAAGUCAAAAAAGCUGGAAAAGAUCAAGUUGCAGAGCUGCGAAGUCCCCAAUACGACAAGAUAUCUCGUUGGCGUCAUGCGUGAUGGUGCCUUGCAUCUGACAAACUUGAACCAUGUCCUCCAAUUGCGCCCAUCUUUGCACCAUCUGGACGCCAACGACAUCGCUGAGGCUGAUGCGCGAAGGCGCCAGCGAGAAGGCGGGCCCGAUGGUGCUGGCUCCGGAGACGAAGGCGGCGCUGGUAGCGGCCGUGCCGCUGCCAAAGCGCGCGCCGUCACUGUGAGCGUCAAGGAGGAUGCGAACUCUAGCACGAAGAGCGGCGCGGUGGGCGAUAAAUGGGAGGAGAUGAUGUUGGCUCAGCGCAAGGCCGAGGGUGAACCUUGGAUCCCUCUGACAUGGCUGAACGAGGAGACCCCACAAGCCAAGAAGACGUUCAAUGCGCAGCUCUUUGCUGGGAGUAAGACGCAGCUGGCAUGCACGGCCGCACCCGCCGAUUAUCUCGCCAAGAACCUGAAAAGCGCAUUGCGCAUUGAUUGA